AUGCGCAUUGGCCAGAAUCUCCUGCGGCUGAAGCGCUGGACACCCGACGAUCUUAAGUCCAGCUCCGAGUCCCCUCUCCCUCGCCCUCCCCCUCCCACCGCUCGCGCUCGCCAGCCGUCGAAGUCCCCAGAACAAAAGGCUACAACCCAGACGAAGAAGCCGAAAUCGAGCGCCAAUACAAGCUCAUCAGCGAGCGCCGCCGCGAAACCAACGACGAACCCCCCCGUCAUCUCGCGCGCCCCAAGAAGCUCCCGCUACGACGUGGACCGCUCAGACUCGGACUCAGAGUCGAGACGUCGUGACGUAGAGAGCGCGAGAAGACUUCGGGAUGACCGCUAUGAACACUCGGACGAGGAGCGCGGUUCUGCUACGGCUUCGUCGCGGCAUCGACGACGACCCUCUCCAGACCGCGGCAGUCGCGUGAAUCACCAUGACUCCGACUCCGACGACGAUCUGGCUUACGGUGAUGCGCCAGGUACGCAUCCUAGCUAUGCGCGCCCCAAUCGGUACAGCUAUGCCCAGCCCACGCAGUUCGCAUCCGCUGCGCCGGGAUACCCCGCCGCGCCGAUUGACUGGGCCUCCGUGCCGGAAUGCGAACGCCCUGGGUUCGUGCCGCCUUCCUCGCAGCCUGCGGGCCCGGCUACUAUGCCCGGCGCGUUCCCUGUGGCUUCGACCUACCCCGCUAGCUCGGGUGCUGUGCCGGCGCCUGUCAAUCCCUCGCUGCAGUAUACUGGCUUGCCCGCCCAGUAUGCGACGAGUGCGGGUUAUGCGCCUUCGCAUUAUCGUACUGCCUCGGCUAGUGAUGCUGGUUAUGCACCGCCGGCGGCGGGAUAUGCGAAUCCCGGCGUGUACCAGUACGCUCAGAUCGAUCCUAAUGUGAAGUACUCUUCGAAGCCGGUGCCGGUGCCAACAACGGCGCCUGCGUCUAAGCCGAUAUACCCCGCUGCUACGCAUGAGCAGUUUCUCAGACCGAUGCCGCAGCAAUUGCAGCAGCAACCUUCGGAUCAGCCGUACCGGUAUAAGCACGAGCCUCAGAGACAGGAGCCUCGGAAACAGGAGCCUCGGAAACAGGAGCCUCAGAAACAGGAGCCUCAGUUCGUGGAGAUCGCGCCAGAGCCGUAUCAUGGUACUUACCAGUCCAUGUCACCCAUGCCAUCCCCGAUUGUCAUCCCCUCGAUCCGCGAUGAUGACAUUUCAGACCUCGAACCACUGGACGGCGGAACCUCUGCCUCCGAGUCAGGCCGGCGCAGCAAACACAGUCGCUCCCACUCGUCCGUCGGCGAGAAAGAGUCCCGCUCCCGCAGCAGCAAAGAUAAGAAAGACAAAGAGCGCGACGACCGCAAAGAAGACAAACGUCUUACCCGCCCAACAGCCAGCCACGACCGCCACGACUCAAGCUCCUCCAUCCUCAGCUCGGACCCAAGAGUCCUAAUCUCCCCAACAACCGGCCGCAAACGCGUCUCCUUCUACGACGCCGGCCCGGACGCUGCAGCCAUGCAAUCCGCCCUAAACCACGCACGCAACAUAGACAACAAACCCAUCAUCCAAAUCCUGCCCCGACUAACAAGCGACGAGAUCCUCCUCCUCCGUCAGGAAUACAAAUCCCGCGUGCGCAUGCAAGGAAAAGGAAUAAACCUCGCCAAACACCUCCGCCUCAAACUCGGCAGUUCCUCCUUCGGCAAAGUCUGCUACGCGACCGCCCUGGGUCGCUGGGAAUCAGAAGCAUAUUGGGCAAACUGCUACUACCAAGCGGGCACCUCACGUCGCGAACUCCUAAUCGAGUCCCUGAUGGGCCGGUCGAAUGCCGCCAUCCGCGAAAUCAAAAACUCCUUCCGCGACACCCGCUACGAUAACAGUCUCGAGCGCUGUAUGCGCGCAGAGCUGCGCGCGGAUAAGUUCCGCGUGGCGAUUCUGCUCGCGCUCGAGGGUCAGAGGCAGGAUGAGCGUGAGCCGCUCGAUAGACGUCUUGUCAGGCAUGAUGUGCAGGAUUUGCACCAUGCGAUUGUGAGGGAGGGCGGUGAGACCGCUAUGAUUCACAUUAUUGUUUUGAGGAGUGAUUCGCAUCUGCGUGAGGUGCUGCGCGCUUACGAGGAUAAUUAUGGUCAUAAUUUUACUCAGGGCUAUGAUUUCGAAGUCGCGCAACCUGGUGGUACGUAUUGUGUCUAUGUUUCUUUUGUUUUCGAUACCCUUUCCCCUCCUGGCGAAACCCUCGCCCAUAUCCUCAACGGCGCAAUCAACAGACCUAUGCGCGACGCCCUCCUCCUCCACCAGGCCCUCCGCGAAUCCCGUACUGGCCGCGAACGCUCCGAGCUCCUUAUUUCCCGUCUCGUGCGUCUGCAUUGGGAGCCUAGACAUCUCGAUCUUGUCAAGAAUGAGUACAGGCGCAGAUACCAUGAGCGUCUGGAGGAGGCUAUUGCGGAGGAGAUCCUCUCGCUGAAUGGCGGGCAGGAUUGGGGGGGAGUUCUGUAUUGA